AAUAUUCAUAAUAGUCUAUUCUUUUUGUGCUUUCAUUCUAAACUUCUAUUGCUUCAGUGACAAAUGAUCAGCACAAAGGAGGUUACUUGAAGGAACUUCAUGCAGAACUCUCAAAACUUUACACUCUUCAUACGUCAGGGCCCCCAUCCAGAUCAGGUGAGUCUACCAUGGAUGCAUGGCUCUUAUGGCUGUACGGUGUUGUAUUAAAACGCCUCGACCUUACUCGACAGGCAGCUGAUGUAUUAUGCCUGUCCUUACAUGAACAGCCCAUGCACUGGGGUGCUUGGUUAGAGUUAGCUGCGCUUAUAACCGAUAGAGAGAUGCUAAGUACUCUCAAGUUACCUGACCAUUGGAUGCGGAAGAUGUUUUAUGCUCACACUUACCUUGAGCUUCAGUUAAAUGAGGAAGCAUUGGAAAUCUACUCAAGUCUGCAAGAGGCAGGACUUCAUCAUUCAACAUAUAUUAUGGCCCAGGUGGCGAUCACACAUCAUAACCAAAGAGAUGUGGAUCAAGCUGUUACAAUAUUCAAAGAGUUGGAGUCUAUAGAUCCUUUCCGUCUAGAUAACUUGGACACGUAUUCAAAUUUAUUAUAUGUGAAAGAAAUGAGAGUAGAGUUGUCACAUCUAGCUCAUCGUGUUGUGCAGGUUGAUAAAUAUCGUAUGGAGACAUGUUGUGUUGUUGGAAAUUACUACAGUUUACGAUCGCAGCACGAGAAGGCCGUCCAGUACUUUCAGAGAGCUUUAAGGCUUAACCCCCAUUAUCUUGCCGCCUGGACUUUGAUGGGCCACGAAUAUAUGGAAAUGAAAAACUCAAAUGCAGCAAUACAGUGUUAUCGCCAAGCCAUAGAGGUGAACAGACGUGAUUAUAGGGCAUGGUAUGGCCUAGGUCAGACAUAUGAAAUACUCAAACUUCCAGCUUACUGUUUGCACUACUUCAAGCAGGCUCAGAAAUUGCGACCAAAUGAUUCAAGAAUGCUUGUAGCCCUUGGUGAGAGCUAUGAAAGAUUAGAGAAAUGGGAUGAAGCCAAGAAAUGUUUCCGCAAAGCACAUAGUGUGGGUGACAUUGAAGGUAUCGCUCUGCUAAGGUUAGCCAAGUUGUACAGUCGUUUAGGUGAAGGUGAACGUGCCAGUGUAUUAUAUGAACGAUACCUGCAAGAAACAGAAGAUGCUGGUCUGAGUGAAGACAGAGGCCAGGCGUACCAGUUUCUUGCAAAUCAUUUCUUACAAAAAAACAUUCUUGAUUUGGCAUAUUGUUAUGCACAGAAAUGCACCUUAUUUAUGGAGACUAGGGAGAGUGGUAAAACAAUGCUGAGAGAAAUUGCUAAUAGACGGCAGCACACUGAGCAGAAUACUCAGGAUGAUUGUGGCAGCAUCUUGGUGAGCAGAGUGAGAUCAAGAGUAACUUUAGGUAAUGAACGUUCUUCUUCUUCAAGAUUACCCUCCCUGAACCUCACAUACACACCAUAACAGGAUUUCAAACUAGAAACUUUUAAAUUCUACUAUUUCUUAUUUCAUUUCCAGCCAAAUUAUAUUCUUGUGAUAAAAAAUGGUUAUUUCAUUCA